CCAAGUAAGUAUGAAGCAGCAACUAUUGACUAUGCCGGCAACUCUUCAGUUAAGUCACGGGUCGUCGGUCAUGAAUAUCUUGGCACUGCUAUCUAGAGGGAUUAUUGUAAUUCUAUUAAAUAAGGUGUGCCGGGAACUUUCAUAUCAAUUCAGAGAGGCUCUAUGAAAUAGUUCGGUUGCUGACGUCUUUGUACGGUGUAGCGCGCAUAAUUAAGCUCUGGCAAAUGUUCACAGCAUUGAUAUGAUAUUUAUAACUGAGCUCAAAAAGCUGAACAAAGGCAAACGGUGUUAGCUAAACAAGGAUUCGCACGUAAGCUCAUAAAGGCAAGCAGCUUGUUUUUGAAUUUGUUUUUGCAGAACAGUCGACACUACUGAGUUUGAAAUAAUGAGUGUUUCUACAGCAGUUAGAAGAAGAUCGGUGACACUCAGUUCCGUGGAGCCAUUCUUAAGGAAGCAAAAAAGAGAUCGUCUGCGUACAACGAGCAUUAAUUCCAUCGCAUCUGGAAUUGCGAGCUCAGUGGAACGACAACGAUCCUCGACAUGGCAUGGCGCGGAAGAAGAAUCAAGCGGCCUGAGUUUGGGUAGUUCAUCAUCACCACAUGACAUCGCCGAUUUGAAAGAUUUCCAGGAUGAACUGGAAUCACAAGAAGUCAUCAAGCAUAUUUUAAAAGAAGAGUUGGAAAACUCUCUAACGGAUUGCGACUACGAUAGCCAGCGAUGCGUUUCUCAGUGUGCAAAUAUUAGCCAAGCAGUUGAGUUGAGAGUCAAGGAAAUUAUUCCCUCGGAGACCAAAGUGGUGGCGGUGGUGUACAUCGGUGAGAUUCGGGAUCAGGGUCUUGAAAUAACCAGCCAGUGCUUAUGGGAUCCUGAAACUGACAAUUUCGUAACUGCAAGCUUUUGGAGUAAAACAUUGUUUGCCGUAUGUACUGUUUUUACGGUUCAGUUCUGAAGCAUGCCAUAUUGCGGCAUUACUUUUUAGGAUUAAGUUUCUACAGAGUCCUAAUUUAGUUUUAUAGCGAAGAGUUAACCAAAGAAACCUUGAUAUCAAAGGUUCAUAAGACAAGGCCGGUCGUCAGAAUAAAGAUCUAUGAAACAAUCCAUCAAAAGUUUGCAUGUAUAUGUCGCACGCGACGGCCGGCCUUGAAAUAAGAGAGUAAACAUAAUUGUUUAUAAUGAUUUCCGAAAAUCAUUAUUUUCACUGAUGUUAUUCGGAACAAUUACGUAAUAUUUUCUCCUUUCAGAUUACAUUAUAAGUAGUUACCCCACAGUUGUGACCUAUUCGAAUAUUUAGAGGCUUGUAACAGACUCGCAACUACUUUUUCCGUCGUCUACUCUAUGUUCAUCAGCGAAAAGGUCAGUGUUAUUAUUCAUAUCUACUUUACAAUGUUGUGAUUCAUUGACUGGUAUGAACAUUGUCGCCGGCAUGACUGCAUGGUCAUUAAGCAAGUCUAACCAUUGUUAUUCGCUUCAACAACUUAGACAAGGAAAAACGUAGACAGAUCAGAUAAAAACAUUUGAAUCAUAAAUUGUAUUCAUAUUGCCAAC